AUGGACAAGAUAGGGCGUGUGAGGCUCAGACGGGUCUAUAUCCGCAAGAAGAGGGCUGCUGAAAGGCUCAACCUCACCCCGAAGCCAAACCUGGCCCUCCCUGGAAAGACCCCGCUAGGUCUAAAGGGAAAGGGCAAAGAGCAGGGAUUGCAGAAGAUAACUGAAGAAGAGGAAUUGAGCAGGCCCACAGGAGGCUCACGGAGGCCAAGUCAGCUAAGUGUUCCAGGAGGGGAAAGCCUACAAGAAAAUAGUGCUGGAAAAGAGACCCCAGAGGAAAAGACACCACCAUUGAGUUCAGUGACUGAUGCCUUCGAGACUGACAGCUUUUCAUCAGGUGCUGAACUCGUUUCAGGACCAAGCAUGCAGGAUGAUGUUUCCAGUUGUCUCCCGAGUUGUUCAAACGCAGAGUCAUAUACAAAGAACACCGAAGACAGUGGGAGUAGCUUCCCAUCACCAGAACUGUUCAGAGGGGCAGACUGUUUGGACUGGGAGCAUCCCAAGUUGGAAGAUUACAUGCUCUACAAGAAUUCUACUCUUCUAGACACCAGUAAAGCAGUAGUGAUAGAGAAGGCGCCACAGUUUGCAAACCUCUCUGCAGUUUUGAGUUCCUCUUCAGAAAACUAUGAAAAAUGCCAGAGAAAAAUAGGAAUGACAUUAGAGGCCCAACAUAUUUCUCCAGAACCAAAGUAUACUUCAAACCUAGCAUCAGUUGUACCUAGUGCAGCUUCUGGAGUCAUAUGCACUGAGAAAACUGGCCCUCCAACAAUCAAGACAACAAAGAAAAAGCCUGAAAAAGAAUCUGAAGAUGGAGGUCCACUUGUUCAGACAAAGUUGAGCUCCGGUCAUCCGGACAGCAAGGUCCUGUGCUCCCCUCUUAGUUCAGCUCCUGAAAGCAGUGCAGUCAGGGAUGCUCUGCUGCCUCAAAGCCUGGAGCCUGCGCUGAAAAAAAGUUGUAUUCUUCCUGAUAAUCAAAGCAAAGUCCUGCUAACAAGUACGCCAUCCUCAGACAUAGCUGAGUUUGUGAUUGAUUUGUCUCCAGUGCAAAAUGUAUCUUUUGAAGAACUAUUUCCAAAUGUCAGCAAUUAUGUUAACUCAAGUGAAAUUGUUCCUGUAUCAAGUUGGCAAGAGAGUUCUUUAAAUGAGUUUUCUCCAAACACAUCAGAGAUCUGUUGUAUUAUUAGGGCAUCACCAGGAACUAGACAGAUGAGAAGGAAAGAUGCGGCUGUGAAAAACAGAUGCUCUGUCCCUACAGACGUUCCUCUAGAUAUUAUAAUGAAGACGAAUGGCAGAACUUAA